AUGAGCAUCGAAAAAUUUGAAAAACUUAUUUCUAAAAAUAUUUAUAAUAAAGAUGUAUGGGAAGAACUUUUAGUUGAAGUGAAGUCAAAAGAUGAAGAUAAAGUUAGAUAUAUAUACGAAAAAUUUUUACAACAUUUUCCAACAUCACCCAAACAAUGGAUACAAUAUGCAGAAUAUGAACUCAAGAACAAGAAUUUUGAUAAAGUGGAAUCAAUAUUUACACGUUGCAUUCGUACUGUUUUAUCUGUUGAUUUAUGUAAAUUUUACUUGAAUUAUAUUUUAGAAAAAAAUACAACAGAUUCAGGGGCGAUUUCACCUGAAGCCAGAGACAUAAUUAUAAAAGCUUAUGAAUUUGUUAUACAUCUGAUUGGUUUGGAUAAGGAUUCUGGCACAAUAUGGAAUGAUUAUAUUCAAUUUAUAAAAACCGGUGAAACUCAUAAUACUUGGGCAGAACAACAGAAAAUGGAUACAUUGAGAAAAAUUUAUCAAAAAGCUAUAUGCAUACCAUUAAAUAAUGUUGAGCAAAUUUGGAAAGAAUAUGAUCAAUUUGAAAAUUCUUUAAAUAAAUUAACUGCCAAAAAAAUUUUGCAUGAUAAAUCACCAUCAUAUAUGACAGCUAGAACCACAAUAAAAGAAUUAAGGAAAAUUACAGAUAAAAUUGUUAAAAACAUUAUACCUGUUCCCCCAAAAUGGACAAAACAAGAAAAAGAACAACUAUCAUAUUGGAAAGAUUGGAUAGAUUGGGAGAAAUCAAAUCCAUUAUCUUUAGAAGAUCAAUCUGCACUUUCACAAAGAGUUAUGUAUGCUUACAAACAAGCAAUGAUGUAUUUAAGGUUUUAUCCAGAAUUAUGGUUUGAAGCAUCUAAUUAUUUGCAAUCAGUUAAAAAAGAAGAUGAGGCUGUCUCAACACUUAAAAAUGCAACAGAAAUAAUGCCUACAAGUUUUCUUAUACAUUUUGCAUAUGCUGAUUUACAAGAAGAUCGUAAACAAUUUGAGGAGGCAAGAAAUGCAUUCAAAUCAUUGUUAGACAGGUUGCAAGAAAAAAUAAAAUCUAUUGAAGAAGCUACAGCCGAAGAAAUAAAUGAAUUAAAUAAACCAAUCAGUUCUCCUACAGACAAUUCUGUUCAGAUGGAAUUGGAUGGAGAAACUCGUGAACAAUUGCGUACUAAAGAAAAGGAAAAAGAAAAGGAACGAGCUAAAAUAGAAGAAAAUAAAAAAAACCAAAUUAAUGAAAUAGCAAAAUCUUGUGGUUUGAUUUGGAUUAUGCAGAUGAGAUUUGAAAGGCGUAUAGGAGGAAUGAAAGCAGCAAGGACAAUGUUUAGUAAAGCAAGGAAAUCUCCAUAUUGUACACAUCAUGUAUUUAUAGCUUCUGCAAUGAUGGAGUAUCAUUGUAAUAAGGAUUUGGUAGUUGCAGGCAAAAUAUUUGAAUUAGGUUUAAAGACAUUUAUAAAUGAUCCAGAUUAUGUAGUUCAAUACCUUGACUUUUUAAUAUCACUAAAUGAUGACAAUAAUGCAUUGGCUUUAUUUGAACGUGCUUUAUUAUCGAUACCAAGUGAUAAGGCUAAAAUACUUUGGAAAAAAUUCUCCGAUUAUGAAAAUAAUUAUGGCGAUCUUGCAUCAAUUUAUAAAAUUAAUGAAAGACAAGCAAAAGAAUAUCCAGAAGCUAAAUUUGAAACAACCAAAUUAUCAUCAAUAAUUGAAUCGCCUCAAAUCGAAGAAGAGAAAGAAUCGGCACCAGUUCGUCGUGCCUUAUUAGAUUCUGUGCAUCCAGAAAAAUAUCCACGACCAGAUUUUAGACAAUGGGUUCCAUAUAAACCAGCUGAACAAUUACGUAGACAACAACAACAAGCACCCACUACUCAAAACGUAACAGGAACAACACAUCUACAACACAAAAAAGGUACAGCAAAUAUAUCUCAACCCAUACCAAAUCCUCUAACUUGGACAAUGUUACCAAAUGGGUUAACAUUACCAGAUUCAAUUGCAAAGUUUUUGGUAAGAUUACCACCACCGACAAGUUAUACUGGUCCUUUUAUCAAUGUUGACACAAUAACAGAUUUAAUACGAAAUAUCAAUUUUCCAAUUAUUCCAACAGCAUCAGGUGUAAUAACUGAUAGAACUAGAGGUGAUAGUCCAUCUCGUGCUGAUGGAAGAGUUCGUCAAGGAGAAUUUUUUGGAAAACAGAAUCGGGGUCAACAGCCUACACCUAAUACUCAUGGUGGAAGUGAUGGAUCACAAUUUGGCAAGAGAAGACGAAAAGAUUUUGAAACUGAAUAUGGACCAGUUAAUAUUUUUUUAAGUUUAGAACAAAGGUGUUACAGAUCAGAUUUUGCACCACGUAAAACUAAAUAUUGUAAAGGUAGAGUUCCAAUACGUGUAGGUGGCUCAACAAAAGGUAAUACAAUAGUGUUUGGAGAAUACAGGCUAAGAGUUACACAUGGAGUAUGUCUAACUUCAGCUCAGUUGACAGCAGCAUAUAAUGCAUUAAAUGUAAGUUAA